UAUUCCAUAAACUAGGUAUUCCAUAAACUAGGUAUUCCAUAAACUAGGUAUUCCAUAAACUCCACACACCGCGCGUUCUCGAGCCUUAGUAAGAAAAUCUAGCUGCGUACGAGUAUUCAAUCUCAUUAUAAAAGUCUUCUAUCUGCCUGUUGCGUACAUAAGCUAGUUGCCCGUAGUUAUCCUUGUUUCCCAAGUAAUUCAGUUCGUGACGGCCGAUUCCCCAUCCUUACGGUAUCCUGUAACAACUCUCGACAAAACCCCUAUAACAAAAUUGAAUAUGGGUCAAGAGGCAUCUAAACCACAGCCCGGGAAGAAACUCCAGGUUAUUGGAGCUGGUCUCCCGAGGACGGGAACGACAUCGUUUAGCCAGGCUCUAUCAAUCCUCCUCGACGGUCCCGUACAUCACUGCGGCACCCAGGUCAGCAAGGGCGAGAGCUAUAACAUCAAAACAUGGACCAAGAUCUUACAGCACACACCGAUUCGCAGCGCCGAGGAUGAGACCUUUGUCAUGACGGAACUAGAGAAGCUCAUGAACGGCUACGUAGCAGUCACGGAUACGCCGGCAUGUGUUUUCGUGCCCGAGUUAAUAAAAUUAUACCCAGAUGCCAAAGUCAUCUGCACCGUCCGAGAUUCAGACAAAUGGGCCGAGUCGCUAGACAAGACCGCUAGCAAUGCCCAGGUUUGGUUUUUCAGCAUAGCAUUGAUGUUCAAUAAUCCGAUGCGUCACUUCAGCGCUUGGACGACUGCGAUGCGAAAUGGCCGUUGGGGUGAGGUAUUCCCCUCAAGGAAGACAGCAGGUGGUGCCCAAGAGGGUCAGGUAUGGGAAAGGCAUCUUGCAUUUCUUAAGGAGCAUGUACCUCCAGAGAAGCUAGUAUUCUUUGAUGUCAGAGACGGUUGGGAGCCUUUAGUAAGUGAACGUUACUUCUCUUCUACUAGUGUUUUGCUGGGUCACGAAGAUAUCCGUUUAUGCAUAUAUCUUUACCUGGAGCGAUUUAGCUUUGCUCUUAAGAUAAUGCUAAAUCAAGUAAGAAAGUUUAACUGACUUUACAACCUGUAGUGCAAAGCACUUGAUUGCGAGGUACCGAAGGGCAUUGAGUUCCCACGAUCGAACGACUCCAAGGCCAUGGAAGAGAUCUUUAGGAGCGAAAUCCGCACUGGUCUAAGGAGAUGGACAAUGGUGAUAGGAACCAUUGCUGCCGCGUACUGGGGCUG